AUGGCUGACAAGAACUGUGCUGGGAAUGUACUGAAGAUUGCAGGCGCCAUCAUCUUGCCAAAUGUUGGGGGCGUGGUGAAUGGCAAAAUAACACGCAAUCACAUAAAGAACUGGUACGAGCAUCUGAAUUUUCCUUCAUUCCGACCACCCAACUGGCUGUUUGCACCCGUGUGGACUUCACUCUAUGCGGGCAUGGGCUAUGGCUCUUACCUGGUGUGGCGCGAUGGUGGCGGCUUCAGUGGAGAGGCACAACUGCCGCUGAUCGCAUAUGGAACUCAGCUGGCGCUUAAUUGGGCGUGGACACCGAUUUUCUUUGGCCAGCACAAUAUCAAGGGCGGACUUGUUGACAUUGUCGCACUAACAGCGGCAGCCGGCGCUUGUGGCGUGCUCUUCUAUCGCGUCAAUAAAACGGCCGGUCUUUUGUUUGUGCCCUACAUGGCUUGGUUGGGCUUUGCGACAGCCUUGAACUACGCGAUGUUGAAACUCAAUCCCGAAAAGAAGGAGGAAAGGAGUGAACAGCCAUCCACAUCGUCAGCGGAGCGCAAGCAGAAUUAAUAAUUAUUUUCUUUUUUUUUCAAAUUGUGUUUUUAUUUUCUCAAUAUAAAAUUGUAAUCGUCACAAAAUAUAAUCAAUUCGACAUUAUCGAUAAACUGCA